UCCGGGAGCGCGGGAGUCUCGGUUUGUGGCGGCUUCUCUCAGGCAGCUGUGCGGUGCUACCAUUAGAGGCUCCAUUUCCCUGAGACUCACGGCCGUUUGAGGCGAAAUGGCUCCGGGCGAGAGAGCAGCAGGCGGGGGCAAUGGAGGAGCCGCCGCGACCUCAGGCUGCCCGUAGGGAGGGAGUCCGAGGGCCCUCGGAGCCGUUGGGGCCUGCGCUUUCUUUCUUUGCAGGCACACUGCCUACCGCGAAGAUGAGCUCGGCCUGGGUCACCUCUUUCGAGAAGGAGCAUCUCUGGAGGUAUCUGCAGGCGCUCGGCUUUGAGCCAGGCCCGGCGACCGUUGCCUGCGGAAAGAUCGUGUCGCACACGCACCUCGGAGUGAACAUGUUUGACAAGCUGAACCGUGAUGCCUUUCAAAUAGUUGCUUAUUUUUUGUUUCAAACGCUGGACCAGUCUCUCACCAAAGAAGUUUUCAAACUUUGUUGGCCUCCAUUUGACCAAAGAAGUGAUACUGAAUUCCGGAAGCAUUGCUGUGAAUGGUUAAAAAAGAUUUCUGCUGAAUGUGGAAGUAGCUUUCCUCAAGUUGUUGGCUCACUAUUUCUUUCUCCUGGUGGUCCUAAGUUUAUUCACCUUAUGUAUCAUUUUGCAAGAUUUGUUGCAGUAAAAUAUAUAAAAAAUCAUUCUAAAAAUUCCUCCAUACAUUUUGCAGAGACAUUUAAUGUAAAGCCACAAGAUUUGCACAAGUGCAUUGCCAGAUGCCAUGUAGCACGUAACAAAUUUUUACAAAUUUUGCAAAGAGAAGAUUGUGUUACCCGAAAAUAUCAGGAAAAUGCACAAUUAUCAGUUAAACAAGUACGAAAUUUGAGAUCGGAAUGUAUAGGACAGCAAAACCAAAUAAAAAAAAUGGAGCCCUAUGAUGAACAAAGUAAUAUACAAGAGAAAAUUCAAAAGGUUCGGUCUCUGUGGGCUUCAGUGAAUGAAACACUCAUGUUUUUGGAAAAAGAGAGAGAAGUUGUUACUUCAGUCCUUAGUCUUGUUAACCAAUAUACUUUAGAUGGAACUAAUGUUGCUAUCAAUAUUCCAAGGCUCUUACUUGACAAAAUUGAGGAGCAGAUGUGUCAGUUGCGCAUAGGAAAUGUUUAUGAGGCUGGAAAAUUGAACGUCUUAACAGUUAUUCAGUUAUUAAAUGAAGUCUUGAAAGUAAUGAAAUAUGAACAUUGUCAGGCUGACCAACCAAGACUGACAAUAGACCUUCACUUCCUUGAAAAGGAGACCAAAUUUCAGAGAGAAAGAUUAUCAGAUCUGAAGCAUAUGAGGUGUAAAAUGAAAGAAGAACUCACAACUAUAAGACAUUCUAUUGUUGAAAGACAAGGAGAGUGGCAGAAAAAGUGGGAAGAAUUUCUUGGUUUGUCCCCUUUCAAUCUAAUUAAAGGUUCGACGCCAGCUGUGGAUCUUUUACCACCUAUGUCUCCCCUUUCAUUUGAUCCUGCCUCAGAAGAAGUAUAUGCAAGGAGUAUUCUUUUGCAGUAUCCUGCUUCACUUCCAGAUACACCUAAGCAGCAUAACCAAGAAAAUGAUUGCAGAAGAGCCAGUGAUAUGGUAGGAACUGUAUAUGAUCUAGCCAACAGCCCUGCUUCCUUCCUUUUGCAGCCAGUUUCAUCAUCAGAUAGAAACAGUGUUACACUACUUGAAAAGGAUACGAUGAUGAGAACACCUAGAGAGAAAAACGAAAUAAUUUCUAAGAAAACACCAGAAUUUGAAGUGGAAGAGUCUCCAUCAUCAAAUAUUGCAAAGAAUAUAGAGAGUAGUGCAUUUGGAGGGUCUGUGCCAGCUAAAAAAAGUGAUCCAUUCCAAAAAGAGCAAGAUCAUCUGGCAGAAGAGGUUGCGAGGGCCGUUUUAUCUGACUCACCACAGUCCUCUAAAGGAAAAGAAGUAAAAUUAGAGGAACUAAUUGACUCCCUAGUUUCUAACCCAUUCUUAACAAGGAACCAAAUUCCCCGAACUCCAGAAAACUUGAUAAGUGAAAUUAGGAGCUCAUGGAGAAAAGCUGUUAAAAUGGAAGAUAACAGAAGUGAAGAACCAAUUCAAAUGGAUACUGAACACAGAGAAGCGUUGCCAGAAUCCUCACCUGUGUUGCAUAAUCAAAGAGAAUUUAGCAUGGCCAGUUUUCUCUCAGCAACCACUGUAUCCGAUUCUAGCCAUUCUCGUUCGCCGGAAGAGAAAGUUGUUUCAGAUUGUCUCAAGUGUGUGCCUCAGAAACAUGUGGUGACCAGUCACAAAGGUGAAUCAGCAACACAAAAUCAGUCAGAUUUGUUAGAUAAGGAAAUAAUUUGCAAGCCAGAUUUGGAGUGUACAGCUUUACAGAACAAGCUUUUAGAAACUAGCCAAAUAGAGACAUUCUCCCCUGCUGUAGGCAAUAGGAGAGAUGUGAUACGUAGCAGUGAAGAGGAGUGUAUUAAAAUAUUGGACCACCCACAAGUUUCUUACAAAGAACCUUCCAUGCAUAAAAGUAUGUUAUGGGACUCUUUUCAGGUAUUAAGUGGAAUUAGUUCCAGGAGUUUUAAGGAUACUGAUUUUGGAAUAUUACAUGAAACUCUUCCAGAAGAACUUGGUCACUUAAGUCUUAAUAGUUCCAGUAGUACAGAGGCCAAUUUUAAACUGGAACCAAAUAGUCCUAUGCACAGUGGCAUUUUUCCAGAAGGUGGGGGAGAAACAGAGACUACUCCAGAAUCAAACUUCAGUUUACAAGCUAUUUGCAGUAGAUAUGAGGCUCUGAAAAAAUCUCUGUCCAGGAAUAGGGGAGAAACUUACCUCUCUAGUCCUGAAACAGUUGAAAGAUACAAAUCAGCAUUGAGCCCUACUCCCCCAGACAUGCAAACAGAUGAUAUGCUGAACUUUUUGGACACUCAUGAUUUGCACAUUGACUAUUCAAAACCAUCUUUACGCAUGUCCCUUGGUGAAAGAAAACGGUCUCUUUCACCACUAAUUAAGUUUUCUCCAGUGGAACAGAGAUUGAGGACCACAAUACCAUGUAGUCUUGGAGAACUUCUACCUAAUUUAACAGAAGAAGAACUCUUGACCAAGAGUCUUGAUGCAAAAGAAUCUCCGUGUGACUUUAAAAGAUGAAGUAGUCGGCCAGUUAAUUUAACUAUGAUGCACUUAAGUUGAAGGAAUGUCACAGGAUAAAAACUGAUUUAUAAUUUAAAUACAUGUUGGCAGUGUAACUCUACUUCAAGGUCUAAAAAAUCCUAAAUAAUGCCUUUUAACCUCCUCUAAUGUUUUUAGGUAAGGAGAGUAUGUUUGGAUUUUCUCUCUUUGUAUGGAUAUGGAGUUGAAAUGUGAAGUAUUUGGAAAGCAGACAUCAAGUUGUGUGAAGCCAUUUUGAUUUCUUGAAUAAUCUUGUAAGCAUUAAGUAAAUGGCAAAGUAGUAGUUUAACUGAUUUGUUAUAAUUUCAGUUAAUUAACAUAAGGAUGAGUAGUUUUUGAUGUACUUUUAUUAGGUGGUUAACAUAGCCAUUGAAUACAGAUCUUUCAUUUUAGGGAAACAUAACUUUUAUUGUUUCUUUAUGGAACAUUCUGGUACUAAGCAAAAAAAGUGAGAAAAGUAGUGCCUUUGGAUGUGUAGUCAAAAUGACAAGGUUUAAGUUUGGGAAAGCUCUAAACAGGUUUAAUGAUGAUUCAAGUAGGUUGGUCCUGAAAAGUGAUGUUUGAUGGAAUAAAGUGCAUGUGAUGAUAAGUGAAGACUGGGGCAGAAUGAAUUUAGAAAAAAGGAAACAGAUGGAAGAAGACGACUAGACACUCUUAAGAAACAGUGUUAAACUAGAAAUCCAUUCAGUGGGUUGUAUAGGAGAUUUAUAUUUAGUCUAAUUUAGACUUGGAGAAUUUAAUUUAACCCUAGUUUUAUACUUUAAAAGAAAAAAUGUAAAUUAAAAAAUUUAUUCAUCUG